ACUGGUGAGUACUGAGCGACGAUAUCAGUUCCAUGCAUCUUCCGUAUCCUCAUAUUGAACGGUUGAACGGCGGGGCAGACGAUUUCGUGCACAAACGCGUUGUUCGUCUCGUGUGUCCCGAUGUGCGGUAUUGUCGUUGCUUGAUUGUGCUCGUUCAGAUGCAAAGCAAAUGGAGUGGCGCCAGCAAAGCACUUUCAGCUGCGCAGACGCCUUCAACGAGGCUCGGCGUUGGAUUGAGGAGGUAACUGGAAAACCUUUUGGCUGCAGCGACUUUCGUGCAGCUCUGGAGAAUGGAGUCCUGCUUUGCGAUCUGAUCAACCAGUUAAAGCCCGGAAUCAUUAAAAAACUGAAUCGACUUUCUACGCCCAUUGCUGGCUUGGAUAACAUAAAUGUGUUUCUAAAAGCUUGUGGGAAAUUGGGACUCAACGAGUCACAGCUGUUUCAUCCGGGAGACUUGCAGGACCUGUCAACUCGAGCAAUAGUCAGGCGAAAUGAAGGCAGUCGAAGACUAAAAAAUGUUCUUAUCACAAUCUACUGGUUGGGACGUAAGGCCUACCUUGAUGAUUGCUACAAUGGUAAUCAGCUUAAUUUCAAGGCCUUUGAAGGACUCUUGGGGUUGGCUUUGUCAAAGGCUCUUGAUGAUGGCAACAAUACAUUUGAGAAGGAUGGUGCCUGCCGAGACUGCAGUCAACCAGGGAGAACGGGCGAUACGAGGGAAACUUCAGUAAAAAGCUUCGACUUGGGAGACGCCCGAGCCCCAAGUGCAAACAGUGAAGGUUGUGGAAGUGAUGCAGAAGCUGAGCAAGUAUUUAGGAGAGAGAACACACGGCCGAUCAAAGGCCAUAUCCCACCUUCAGUGCUCAGGAGGAAACGAAAUGAAGAAAACAGAAACGUUUCUACUUCAUUGACCAGGAGCAAAUCGUUGAGUGAUAUGCCAACGGUAUGCAAUUCACAUAAGGUAUACGAAGGCUUUGUGGGCAAGGUCCAGGAUGUGGGAUCAACUAAAUGGAGUCAAGACAGGAAAUGGAGGAGCCACAGUGCUGGCAGAGACAAUGAGACUCGGUGGCAAGAUGCUUUGACAAAAUGGAAAAAUCAUCGCAGGAAUACAAAGUCUAAUCUCCGCAGGAAGUCCCUUGACCGAGAACAUGUCAUUAACAAGAUGACAAAUGAAGCUUUGACUGACCAUCAAAAGAAGGAAAAGCACUGUGCACAGUCAGAAAGAGAGCAGCUGUCAGCACAAAGGCAAAACCCUGACCCACCCGCUCAGUCCACUUCUCCUCCAAAGUUCUCAAGCUCCUUUUUGUGGACACAUCGAGCUCCACUGGCGGGAAGCUAUGCUACUGAGGUGACUUUUAGUGCUGGCUCUUCUUACAGUCACCAAAACAUUUGCCCUGCACAGGCACCCUCAGUGGGUGCCAUACCUGCCUCUGAUGGAGACAAGCUGGGAGAGGAGACCCAUUUUGCAUCUUUGACAUUAAAUGGAGCAGCAGUAACCACGCCAAUAGAGGACAACGCUUUUAGCUUCCAAACCCAGUUCAAACCCCAAGGCAAUUCUGCCCCUGUUCAUCCUGUAACUGAUCUGAGUCAGCCAGAGAAUGUUGCAGCCCAAAUUGCUUCUCCAAGCACGCCAGCAUUUCCAGGUGAAGCAGAACCGGCUGACACCGUGGAUAUCUCCAAUGCUUUUGAAGACCUUUCUGACCACAGCCCCUGGUCUAAAAUGGAGGGAAAUGAAAACUCUUCUGAAACAUCAGGAGAUAAAAGUAGAUGUCAGUCAGCUGCAAACACAAAGUAUUUGACCAGAACUGUUUCCUGGUCAUGCUCAGCCAGCCUUCCUAGAGGUUUCAAACGGUCUGACGGUUCCUGUCGGCUCUCGUCUGUCAUCACAGCCAGGCCCUUUCAGACCAAGCAUUCCAGUAUGUCGACGUUGCCAAGACUUCGCAAUGUAAACGACUACCAGAGUCCAGCGUGGGAGAGUGAAGGAGAGGCCACUCCUUCCACAACCGGCAGUGAAGUGCUCAAAAGGCAGACUGCCACUUCUUAUCUCAGAGGUCAGGACCAGGGUCCUGAGCAGGCAGCCAACCGUGUAGAACAAACUGCUUCAGGAAAGGUAGAGUGCAAGAACCUUUCCGGCCAGACUUUUCGAACCAGCUGCUCUCAACUCCAGCCCCAAGACAGCACACGCACAGCUCCGCGAAGUUGUGCCAGCAUUGACAACUCAAAGGUAGACCACAAUGACAUGAGUGUUAGUCUUGCUCCUACACAGAACAGUAGACCGGUCUUUGGUUUCCAGUUGCAUGGGGACACAACUGGAGCAAGAACAAAAUAUAUUCAACGAGGCAGCCUGGCCGAUCUCUGCCCGCCGCGUGGAGACGACGAGAUCCUGACUGUUGAUGGCGGUCUGGAUCUGGCAGCCCUCAUGAGCUCGAGCCUGCGCGAGGAAAAAAUUACAUCAGCCCAGCAGAUUGGCACUCAUACCAUGGAUAUGCAACGCGAUGAAAAGAAGGGAUGCUUGGAAUCGGCAGUUUCAGAUCUCCAGGGGCCAUUCCUCACCCCGUCCACAUCCAGGUGGUCGUGGGACCACGAAGACGACCGCAGGCGGCAGGAGAAGAAGCAGGAAGAGCAAGAGCGCCUCCUUCAGAGUAAUUUGGGAAUGAGCAAUGAUAUUGAGACCACUGCCAGAGGGAUUUAUUUGAAUGAUUUGACAAAAACAAAGGAGCAGAACCCUGAAAAAUUCUGGGUCAAACCUCAAAAUAGUACACAGAAAGAUCUGUAUGACAUCUGGGCUGAGGACACCUCUGGCUUUGCUCCGCUGUCUCCUGCACACAGAGCAAAGUCCUUGUCUACUCCAGCAUUAGCCGUUUCACACAAACAACCAAAAGGUGAACGGAGGAAAAGAAAAGAGGAACCUCUUUCCAAGGCCGAGCAAGAGAGGCAGCAAAUCUUGGAGGAGAUGAAAAAGAGAACUCAGCUUCUGACUGACAACAGCUGGAUACGCCAGCGUAGCAGCAGUUUUUACAAGGAGCCGAUCUACAUCGGCACACCCCUUAAAAGGUAUGAGUCUCUCGAGGCUCUUGGAACCCAUCGUUCAACCUUUACGGGGGUUUGCCCCCGACCGCAUUCGGCGGCUGCAGGUUCUUGUGCUCAAAGUCUCGGCAACUCCACCUUUUACAAUGCUGGACCCAGGCCAUCCCAGAGAAGUACGACUACAUACUCUCACCCUGUCAGGAAGGUCAGUGGAAGGAGAACUUGCAGUUUGUGUGACGGUCACUUGAGUAGUGGGGCAGCCAUGGUUAUUGAAGCCCUUGGUCUCUGCUUCCAUUUUGCCUGUUUUCAGUGUGUGGGUUGCGGGCAAUAUCUUGGAAAAAAGGAGGCUGGAGUACAGGUUCGGGUCCGAAACAAGAAACCAUACUGUGAGCCCUGUUAUUUCCAACUUCAGUCAACCAAUUCCCCAUCCAUGUGACCAGAACACAGAAUUCAUCCUUGCAGAGUAAACUACACAGUGGAGAAAUUUCUUUCAGCUCUGGACGAAUCCAACGCAUUGACAGACAACUUUGAAAUUGCUUCUUUGUAAUUGUAUCAAGGUUUCUGCAGUUUUGGGGGGGAUUAAUGUGACAAGUAGAUAAAUGUUUUAUCAAUUUGAAGGUAUUCAAGAAUAAAGAAAUGUUUAGUUUAUUUUCCUAUUAAUGUUAUUGUUUUUGUUGUCAAACAUUAAACCUAGCUGUUGUCACGUAUUGUGUACAACCCUUGUUUGGAAGCACGUUUAAAUUUGUAUGAGCAAUUUUUUUUCUUUUUCCCUUGUGAAUGCAUCUCUCAUUGUGCACUUUGGUAUUGGUCAGUGCUAUCUCACACAAAGUUGACAACUAAUAGUAUAACUGCAGCGUUUUCAAUACAUUUUUUAAAAAUUGGCUUUUGCUGUACAUGUGUACCACGAGGGGGCACAUCUAAUUAAAUCUGAAGUACAGCCACUCUUCCUUAAGUACUACAGUAACUCUAUUGUAACCUAAUUGGUCUGCAAUGAACACAAGGAUUUAUGCAAUCUGAUUGCAGGAGGUGUGUCUCUUUUCAGAGUGCUCUUAAUAUAUUGAUUGAUUGUAUUAAACUUGCAGCCUAUGCUCAUUGACCACAGCAACACAUUUAACUGAAUUCCAUCUUAUUUUGCUUUUCGGUUUCACACAUUAUAACUAACAAGUCUCUUGUGUGAAAGACCUUAAAUUAUUUUUUCAUUCCCCCUUGCCAAGAUCUCUGCAAUGGAAAUGUGGCACUCAAUUCUGUUUUGCUUCCCUAUCAAUAAAAAGACUGAAACAAUCAAUA